GAGAAAAGGGGACAGAUUAGAGAGUGAGGGAAAGCUUAAAAUAAUGGAUUCACAUAGGCUUAUGAGUUUUAUGGUAGUAGUACUAGUAUCUGCAUUGACUGAGCAAAGUGUUACCAGUAGCAAUCUUCAAGGUCCAAGCAUUUUUGACAACUACAACAUUGGAUGGGGAUAUGAUCAUGUUUGGACUUCAAACCAAGGCAGAGAUGUUCAGAUCUUCCUUGACCAGGCUUCUGGGUCAGGUUUUCAAUCCAAGAGCAUGUAUGGUUCAGGUUUCUUUCAUCUCAAUGUAAAGUUACCAGGGAAUAACUCCGCUGGUGUUGUUACAGCUUUCUAUUUGACUUCAUCGUCUUUAAAUCACCAUGAUGAGUUGGAUUUUGAGUUCUUGGGCAACAAUGAAGGGAAACCCCACUAUCUCCAGACUAAUGUAAUUGCAGAUGGUAAAGGGGAUAGAGAACAGAGGAUCUCACUUUGGUUUGACCCUACAACAAGCCACCACAGCUACAGAAUUCUUUGGAAUCGAUAUCAAAUCGUAUUUUUCGUCGAUGAAUAUCCUAUUCGGGUUUUCAAGAACAAGCACAAUAUAGGAGUUGGCUACCCUUCACAACCCCUGAAGAUAAUAUGUAGCAUAUGGAAUGGAGACAGCUGGGCAACAGAUGGUGGCCUCACUAAGAUUAAUUGGACCUAUGCACCCUUUAUAGCUGGUUUUAGGAGCUUCAGCAUCAAAGGAUGCCCUGCCCAAAACUCCAUGCAGCCUUGCUACUCUUCUAAGUUCUGGUGGAAUAGAAACCAGUAUUGGGAAUUAAGUCCCAGCCAAGAACAAGCAUAUCAAACUGUUAAAAGCAAGUAUACGACAUAUGAUUACUGCUCUGACAAGACAAGGUAUCCUAUACCUCCCCCAGAAUGUCCACAGUGAAAACUACCUGAAAACUCCUACCAUACCUACGGGAUUUUUAUUAUAAUAAUGUAUUUUCAAAAAAAAAAAAAGUAGUUAAUACACUUGCAUAUUUGGCCAAAAAAAUAUAUAUAUCUUUCAUCAUUAACCACUUUGUAAUGUUAUUUUUGUGGCUUGAAAUUUGGAUAUAUUUUUUCAUAGACCCGAAUUGUG